UUCUUCACGGAUCCCCGCUCAGGCCUCCUCUCUCCCGAAAUUUCUUGCUGGUUUUCCGGUCAUCUUAUUUCUCUCAAGACCUAUCCAAACCUCGCCGUCGGUCGCUUCCCCGAGAUGAUGUCGUCGCUAAAGUUGAUCUUCUCGCUCACUAAGGGACUGCCUCAUGAUAAAGCUGCCCGUUAUGCAGUAUUGUUGAUCAAGUUCUGGACCGACUUCGACGAGUUCGGAGUCAUUCUCGGCAAAGCGCCUUAUGUCUUCUUCAAAACAACUGCCCCAAUAAUAGAAGAGCCUACAAUUGAGUUUGACCUGAACUGCGAGCAAGGGUUUCCUACACUCAGGAAGUCCAAGGUCCGGGAGACUCCAACCAAGUCUGAUGCUCCAAUCGCCAAUAUCACAACUACACUAGAGGCCGACACAAAGAAGGAUGAUCAUCUAAAAGCUCCUAUGGUUGAAAGAAAUUGAAUCGAGGCUAUGUUGGAGAGACUCCAAGCUGACAUUACAUGUUU